UACGAGUGAGCGAGCUGACUGUGACAAGAUGGCCGCCAGGUGCGGACGUGGUCCUCCACUGACCAGCAGCGCGGACGAGACAUCUAGCCUUUAUUAUGUAUAUCUAUGGAAGCCCCAGUCGCCCCUAUGUCUGCAGCCAGAUGGGAAAUGUGGAAAAUACCAUAGGGAAGGUUCCGAAGCCUUACAAUUUAUUGAUUUAAAAGAACCAAUCUUUUUAAUUUUUUAUAUUCACAACAUUUAUUUUAUUAUUUAACCUUUUGAGACAUGGCCUCCAGGGGCUACAUUGUUUUACUUCAUCUGGCAAUAGUGACAAAAGAAGUGUCUCUACUGGACACCGUCGUGGGUGUCAUAGGAGGUUCUGUGGUUUUACCGUGUUUCUCUAAAGAACCUCAGCUUACACCUGAAGACAUUACAGUCAACUGGAAACACCAUAACAGACUGAAAGUAUAUGACAUUGUUAAGGGUAAAGGCUCUGUGGAAGGACAGGAUCCACAGUACAAGAACAGAGUUGAAGGUGACUCUGAGCAGCAUCUGAGAGGAAACUUCUCGUUCAAACUCAAGAAUCUUCUGUACAGUGAUGCAGGACAGUACCAGUGCUACAUCAUAGAUGAAUCAGUAAUGAAGAAAGUGGAGCUACAUAUCAAAGAGCAUCUACAGCAACGAUGUGUGGCUUCUGUUGGCGGUUCUGUGGUUUUACCUUGUUCUUCUAAAAAAUCUCAGUUUACAACAGAAGACAUUACAGUGGGCUGGAAACACAACGACACCCUGAAAGUGUAUGACAUUAUUAAGGGCAAAGUCUCUCUGGAAAAUCAGGAUUCAGCAUAUUACAACAGAACUGAAAUGAUCCAUGAGAAUUAUCAGAAUGGAAACUUCUCCCUCAAACUCAGCAACGUUCAGCUCAGCGAUACAGGAAUCUACACAUGCCACAUCACAAAUGAAUUUAUAAUUCAAAGUGUGAAACUAGAAUUUAGCCAAGGAGCACAAGCAAGACCAGAGAAGAUUUUAUUAGUGCCUUUACUUUCUGUUGUGAUUCUGCUCUGUAUGUGAGUUUUGAGAGGAGAAAUAAUUUGUCUACAGUAUUGAAACAGUCAAUGAAUAUUAUUCAUCUCAAUGUAUUAUCAGCUCAGCACAUACAUGCUUAAACUAAAAGUGAUGCCAUAUAACCUUUGAGUGAACGGUUAAUUUUUACAGUUGGCUAAAGCAUUUCAGUGUUCUGUGAAAAAUCACACAGUGAUGCAAGUCUGUAUAUGAAAAUGCAAUACAAAACACUAAAAGGAAAAAACAAAAACCUUUAUAAAUGGAAUGUCAAUGAAUGUUACAGGACAGAACUUGUAUCGUAUGAAUUGACAGAUAAUAGUUUUACUGAAUGUGCAACAUUUACUCAACUAUAACCUUAGUGUUAGCUGACAGGGACGUGUUCAUUUCAUAUUUACAUCUAAUUUGCUUUUAGUUGAUGUAGGUUGGCUAUUUUUUUACAAAUUUUGUUGUUGUUGUUUAAAAAAGUAAAUGUAUAUAGCAAGUCUAA